AUGGCGGACACAGGAGGUUGGAGCACAAUCGAGUCGGAUGAGGGUCUCUUCACCUCACUGAUUGAGAACCUUGGAGUCAAAAAUGUCCAAUUCGAAGAGUUGAUCUCUCUUGAUGCGGACACGAUACGUUCACUCGGAUCCGUCUACGGCGUCAUCUUCCUAUUCAAAUGGACCCGCGAAGCCGCGGGUGCCCGCGCGGAAGCUCCCCUCGACGGCACAUACGACCAAACCGCAUCCGACAACGACGUCUUCUUCGCCGCACAAACCAUCCAAAACGCCUGCGGCACCCAAGCCAUUCUCUCCGUCAUCCUCAACCACGAUAAUCCCCCCGCUCCUCUGCCUCCCAUCGUCCUCGGCCCCGAACUGCGCUCCUUCAAAGAUUUCACCACCGGAUUCCCCGCCGAACUGCGCGGCGAAGCCCUCUCAAACUCGGAAGCUAUCCGGACCGCCCACAACAGCUUCGCCAGGGCCAGCCCAUUCGCUGACGAGACUGUGCGGCCGCCGGACGAAGAGAAUGCCGCAGAUGUCUACCAUUUCAUUGCUUAUACGCCCGUGAACGGCACGCUAUAUGAGCUGGAUGGACUGCAGCCGUAUCCGAUCAGUCACGGCGCGUGCGAUCCGUCCUCGUUCCCGGAGAAGGUGAUUGAGGUGUUGCAGCGGCGGAUUGCGCGGUAUCCGCCUGAGGAGACGCAUUUCAAUUUGAUGGCUGUAGUGCAGGAUCCUCGUCCGCGGGCGCGUGAGAUUGGCGACGUGGAGACGUUGGAGCGCGAGGAGCGGAAGAGGGCGGCGUGGGCGUGGGAGAAUACCUUGCGGAGAUGGAACUUUGUUGGCUUCAUCGGGGAGAUGAUGAAGGGUGUCGCUGGGAUGAAGGAGGCUCAGGACGGUAGUGGGAAGGCGUUUGAUGAGUGGGUGGAUAACGCGAAGCAGGCGACGAGGAAAAGAUUGGAGAUGCGUCGGUAG